AUGGCACUCAAAAUUUUAUCACCGCAAUCUCUUGAAGAUAAUACGUUCAGCAAUACAGUAUAUCUUCAACUUGAUGAAUUACCUAUCAAAGAAAAUAGUAGUACAUCUCAAGAUUUAUCUGAAGCUGAGCCAUUCAAUUCAGAGCUAUUAGAUUUGCUCAAAAGUGCAAAUGCUGGUAAAGCGUUACUGGCAACUUACUCACAAAGUGGACUGCUGGAUAGUAUCGGCCGAAAGCGUCUAUGUAAUAUAAUAAUCAACAAAGAACUUCAAAAUGAUGUCAAUCGCAAAGUACCAUCAUCGAGAUUACAAGAUUUGGCAUACCAAAUAACGACAAUUUUUAAUAAGGAACAUACUGCCACAUAUUUCAUACCAUAUAUAUCUUAUGGGCCAGGGCUUAAAAGAGCAGCGAAAGGGAAACUACUUGAUUGUCUUUAUAAUAAAAGAAGAGAUUACCGUAAAUCUGGAUUAAUCAGUCCAUCUAGAAACAGUACUUCAUCUUCAUCAGGACAUUCAUCUCCCAUUCUGUUACCAGAAUCAUUACGCUCAUUAGACGACAAAACAGAAAAUAAUGAAGCAUUAAUUGAAGACAACUUGAAUUGGUUGCGCAACUCAAGCGAUCCGUGGAAUAUUGUUGAAAACAACUGGAUCAUUACUGCUAAUACUCGACUAAAGAAAUUAAUGUCUCAAGAUGGUCCAACUAUUACUGAGUAUAUGGCGGAAUUUCCAUCUUUAAGAAAACCUGCUGGGUAUACUCUUAUUUUGAAGGACUUUGAUGUGGCUUAUCCUGGAUUUAGUGAUCAAUUGUAUCAAAGUUUACCUCUGUGCAAAAAUAAAAUUUUCGAAUUGGCAACGGAGAAAAUUAAUAAAUCCAAGGACCUUUCAACCAAUCAACUUUUGAAGGAGUAUGUGCAGUUAAGCUCUGAAGACGAGGACAUUUCAAAUCUUGCUGUGUUACUGUGUCUACCAUUUCUGAUUGGCAUAUCCAUUUCUAAAGGGAAAAAAGCAAAAUUGCAAUGGAGACCAUCGAAAGUAGAGAUGAGGGAUGGUUUUAUAACACACGUGCUGAGUAGUGCCGAAGUAAAAGAAACAAUAUCAAGAAGAAGAGAUAAAUUGGUAGGAUUAGGCCAAACUUUACAGCCUUUUGUAUUAAUAGUGGGUUCUUCUUUAAAAGAGAUUUCCAGUUACUUUGUGAUAGUUGAUAAUACAUUUUAUCGUUUAAAUUCAAUACUUUCAGCAGUCGAUUGCUGUUUCAAAAUUAUAAUCACACUUAAUGCUAAAUAUCCAUCAGAGAGUGAAGGUAUUUGGUAUUUUAUUCAAAAAGGGUUAUACAAAUUAAAUACACCGUUGGAUAAAAACUUUACGGCAGUCAAUGCCUUUUUAUCAGAUGUGGGAAUAACUAUUUAA